AUGUCCAAAACCACUAUUUUGAAUUCAGUAUUUUCCGAUAUCGAAAAAUUGGCUUCGGCUGAAGAAUAUAAAAGAAUCAUCAAACUCGUUGAGAAACACAUACCUCAGUUUCCUGAAGAGUUAUCACUGGUUCAAUCAAAAAUCGUCAGCUUGAUUCACUUGAAUCAGAUUGAGAAUGCCUAUAAUUUUAUACUGAAAAAUGAAAAAUUCCAGUCAUUUGCAUUUGAAAAAGCUUAUUGCUUAUACCGUUUGAACCGCUCUGAAGAAGCUUUACAAUUAAUCAAUGAAGAAACUGACCUUACAAGCAAUUUCAAGGAAUUAAAAGCGCAAAUCCUCUAUAAACUGGAAAAAUAUAAUGAAUGUUUUGAUAUGUAUCGAGAUAUUAUCAAACAAAGUAAAGAUGGUUUUACAAACGAAAGGGUGACAAAUCUAACUGCGGUUAUUUAUCAACUUUCUAAAUUGGGAGAUAAUAAAUAUGACAUUCCAACUGUUAAACAAGAUAGUACCUAUGAAUUCAUAUACAAUGUUGCAUGUGUAAUUAUUAGUAGAGGAGAAAUUGAGAGAGCUAAAGACUUACUUGAUCAGGCUGCUAAAUUAUGUAGAUAUACAUUGGAAGAAGAAGAAGCUACGGAAGAAGAAAUUCAAGAAGAGUUAACUGCUAUUAAGGUUCAAGGUGCUUAUUGUUUACAAAAGUUAGGCCGCGAUAAAGAAGCACAAGCUGAAUACACGGAAGUAUUAAAAUAUAAACCAAAAGACAUAGGAUCAUUAGCUAUUGCAUCAAAUAAUUUAGUUGUAUUAAAUAAAGAACACAAUGUAUUUGAUUCCAAAAAGAAGCUCAAGUCAACUUUGUCAGAUGAAUUGACACUGAAGUUAAAUACCUGGCAAUUAGAAAGGAUUACACUGAACCAUUGUCGCUUUGCAUUAAUGACAAAUCAAUUAGAUCAAUGCACUCAAUUGUGUGACAACAUUGAAAAGAAAUACCCUGAUCAGAUUGAGGAUAUUGUGUUAAUAAAAGCAGUUAUGUUAUGGCGUCUCAACAAAAAUUCUGAAGCUAUUGAUUUGUUAAAAAAAUUUAUAUAUGAACAAAAACGGCCAACUGCUAAACUUAAUUGUACUUUAAUGGCUGUAAAAUUAUUGUUGAUGCAGAACAAUACCAAUGAAGCAAUAACUCUACUGCAAAAUCUUGGAGAACUAAAAUAUAAGCUUGGAAUUGUAAGCACGCUUGUUACGUUGUAUUUAAACAUUAAUAAUUUUAAAGCAGCAUCAGACUUAUUUAAUGAUACUUUGUCUUGGUAUAGUCAAAAAGAGGUGGACAAUUCAAAAAUAACCAUCUUAUUAAAACAAUUGGCAAAAUUACAUUUACGUGAACAAGAUCCUAAAGAAGCAGCUAAACGUUUAUCACGAUUACUUGAACUAAAUCCUACGAAUAAAAAGUUUUUGGCUCAACUUAUAAUUGCCUAUACACAGUUUGACCCAGAAAAAGCUCAAGAAUACAGCAAACAACUUCCGCCAUUAGACCUCCAGGAUACUGACAUAGAUUUACUUGAAAACACUAACUGGAUGAUGGGAUCUAAACUUAUUAAAAAAUCCACAUUAAAACCUGAUGCUGCUGGUUCAAAAGCUGAAGUGGAGAAAAAGAAAAAGAAGAAAAGGAAGAUUAUACUGCCUAAGAAUGUCAACCUAGAUGUACCUCCUAAUCCUGAACGUUGGUUACCGAGACAUGAACGAACCGGAUACCGUAAGAAAAAAGACAGAAGAAAUAAAGAAACAGGAAUUGGAAAAGGAACACAAGGUGCCAGUAAUAUUUCUAGUGAGCAAUUUAACAUCAAAAAUAUUGCGGCUCAACCAAAACCACAAACCACUCAAGUACCUUCUGAAAAUGCACCUAGGCUUCAACAUCGCAAGGGACAAUACAAAAAGAAGAAGAAGGGAAAAUAAAUACAAUAGUGUAUUAUCAAUAAAUAAAUUUUCUUUGAUACUGAAUAAGAA